CUCUGAGCAAAGCACACGGUGGAAACUAAGGCUCUGCUAAGGGAAUCAUUCUUCUUGUGAAUGUGACACAUGCUCCAGUUUCCACAUGCUGCGAAUAUACGUCUUCAUCAGUUUGAUGUGCUUGGUGAGAUCAGGCCAUCCUUAGAACCUACUCAGUGGGAUGAAUGCUUGAAGGUGGUGCUUGAAGAGCAAAGAAGAGGGUCCAAAAACGCCACCAUGCUCAACAGUUUCAGAUGCUACUACUGAAAGGCUCAGGGCAAGGCACACCCCGUUCCCCACCGCCGUCUCAGAUACAGAUGAAACAUGUCCUUCAUUCACAAGACUGAGCUUUCACAGUGCAGUGGUUGGUACGAAACUAAAUGUGAAGUUGAUGCUCUACACAAGGAGAAAUCUGACCUGCGCACAGACCAUCAACUCAACAGUUUUAGGGAACUUGAAUGUAACCAAGAAAACCACCUUCAUUGUCCAUGGAUUCAGGCCGACAGGGUCCCCUCCAGUUUGGAUUGGGGACUUAGUAGAGGGUUUGCUCUCUGUAGAGGACAUGAAUGUCGUUGUUGUUGAUUGGAAUCGAGGAGCUACAACUGUAAUGUACCACCAUGCCUCCAGUAGGACCAAAGACGUAGCCAAUAUCUUGAAGGAAUUUAUCGACCAAAUGUUGGCAGAAGGAGCUUCUCUUGAGGACAUUUACAUGAUUGGAGUAAGUCUAGGAGCCCACAUAUCCGGAUUUGUUGGAAAGAUGUACGAUGGGCAGCUGGGAAGAAUUACAGGUCUCGACCCUGCAGGCCCUUUAUUCAAUGGAAAACCCCCGGAGGACAGAUUAGACCCCACCGAUGCCCAGUUUGUUGAUGUCAUCCAUUCCGACACUGACGCAUUGGGCUACAAGGAAUCAUUAGGAAACAUAGACUUCUACCCAAAUGGAGGAUUAGAUCAACCUGGUUGCCCAAAAACAAUAUUUGGAGGACUACAGUAUUUUAAGUGUGACCACCAGAGGUCUAUUUACCUGUAUCUCUCUUCCCUGAGAGAGAACUGUACUAUCACGGCAUAUCCUUGUGACUCCUACCGGGAUUAUAGGAAUGGCAAAUGUGUCAGCUGCGGCAUACCACAAAAAGAGUCCUGUCCAAUUCUGGGCUAUUAUGCCGAUCAUUGGAAAGACUAUUUAAAGGAGAAAUCUCCUCCUGUGACUAAAGCAUUUUUUGACACAGCUGAAGAGAAACCGUUCUGCAUAUAUCAUUACUUUGUGGAUAUUAUAACUUGGAACAAGAACGUAAGAAGAGGGUCCAUUACAAUCAAAUUGAGAGACAAAGCUGGAAGCACCACAGAAUCCAAAAUCGAUCAUGAACCUGCAACAUUUCAGAAAUACCACCAAGUGAGUCUGCUUGCGAGAUUUAAUCAAGAUCUGGAUAAAGUGGCAGCCAUUUCUCUGAUGUUCUCUACAGGAUCUGUAGUAGGUCCGAAGUACAAGCUCAGGAUUCUCCGUAUGAAAUUAAGGUCUCUUGCCAAUCCAGAGAGGCCCCAGUUGUGUCGGUAUGAUCUUGUGCUAAUGGAAAACACUGAAACAGUCUUCCAACCAAUUCUUUGCCCAAAAUUGCAAAUGUAACUGUUGUCAGUACAUAUGGGCACCAGCAACAUGAAGAAUGCUAUGGCAGGUUGUUUUAAAGCUUCGCCUUACCUUUUCCUCAAGGCACAAAAAGUAUGGAAUAACCAGGGUUUUUUUUCUAGUAGUGUCCUAUGGAUGUCAGGUUGCACAAUAUCAAACGGCCUUGGAUUUUAGAACAGUCCUGUAAAGGGGGCCCCUAAGUAGGGCAAGUCAGAAAUAGCUGGGCUCUGGCCGCCCAAGCCCUUGUCUGGCUGCGUCCUGAGGCCUUGUUUGUCCCGCCCUGUGAUUCUGCUGCCUGUCACGGUGGCUGGAGGACCAGCAUCUUCAAGGGAAGGAGUGGCUGGAGACCUCACUUUGUACUGGAUCCCACAUUCCCUGUGCCAAAUUCCUCCAGGUCCCUGCGUGUACGAGGACAUGGAGACUGACCUACCUCACCGGGCUGUUGUGUGGGUCUGGGAGGCACGUCUGUGAAAGGUUCUUUGAAAUCCCAUGGGUACCACAUCCGUGAGUGGUUUGAUAAAUGUGAAUAUGCUUUUAUUUAUUUUGAUAUUCCUUAUCUAAUAUACAGUAAAAAAACUUCUGCUUACCAACACUAGCUUCUCUCUCGGUCUGUUUGCUCUGGGAAGGCAAGAAAGCCACACCCCUGGCUUCCCACCUUCUUUAAAGUGGGGGAAAUGUUUAUUUUUUCCUUGAUACUAACAUAAUCCAUGAUUACUGAAGGAAAUUUAGAAAAUGCAUAGAGGAAAAAUGGACAUGUACUAUCCACAAUCCCACCUGUUAGAGGUAAUUAAUGUUAACCUUUCGGAACGACGCUAAAUAACUCGUGUUGCUAACAUGUGAAUUCAAAGCAUAAACCGGUUUGUUCUUAGAGCCUUGGAAGCUUCCAGUUUGAGGAAUUCUUAGGCUUCCCUAGGAAUGUGUGACUAUGUGUGAACCACAAAUCUAGGAUGACAGCAGCAGCCAAGUCAAGAGGCCCCAGAGGGCCAAGGUCAGAGAGGCCAGAACCAAAGAAGCCAGAUGUGAAGAUAGAGCCAAAGGGGUGGGACCACACAUCCCACAGCUGUGGCCUCUGCACCAAGGUUCCUGAGAUUCCUGAGUAUCCCAGGCCUGGUAACCUCAUCCAAGUGACUCUCCUUCAACUGCUUUCUGUGAGGACAGCCAUUAUUUUAAAGAAAUGGACUCUCUAUUUCAUAAAUUAUAGAAC